AGUGGCUGCUGGUUCUUUACAGGCAUGGCAGGCCUUGCUGUUACUUAUGGCCUUAAUUUGAAUGCUCGACUAUCACGGUGGAUACUUAGUUUCUGCAAGCUUGAAAACAAAAUUAUUUCCAUUGAAAGAUUCACCAAUACAGCCAAAUCCCAGGAGAAGCUCCACCGAUCAUUGAGAACUCUCACCCUCCAUCCUCGUGGCCAGAGAAUGGAACAAUUGAACUGAUUGAUCUAAAGGUCCGCUACAAGGAAAGUCUUCCUGUUGUGCUUCAUAGUGUAACCUUCAAAUUUCCUGGUGGUAAUAAAAUUGGAAUUGUUGGGCGUACUGGAAGUGGUAAAUCGACUUUGAUCCAGGCGCUAUUCCGAAUGAUUGAACCAGCAGGUGGGAAGAUCAUAAUUGUCAACAUUGAUAUUUCAACAAUUGGCCUUCAUGACAUUCAUAGCCGUCUGAGUAUAAUACCUCAAGAUCCUACCUUGCUUGAAGGGACAAUUAGAGGCAAUCUUGAUCCCCUUGAAGAGCUCUCAGACCAGGAAAUUUGGCAGGCACUUGAUAAGUCUCAGCUUGGGGAUGUAAUCCGCCAAAAAGAGCAAAAGCUUGAUACGCCAGUGCUCGAGAAUGGAGAUAAUUGGAGUGUUGGGCAAAGGCAACUGGUUUCCCUGGGCCAGGCUUUGCUUAAACAGGCAACAAUUUUGGUGCUUGAUGAAGCGACUGCUUCAAUUGAUACAGCCACAGAUAAUCUUAUCCAGAAGAUUAUCCGAACUGAAUUCCAGAACUGCACUGUAUGCACUAUUGCGCAUCGGAUCCCAACCAUUAUCGAUAGCGAUCUUGCUCUGGUCCUCAGUGAUGGUCGAGCUGCAGAGUUUGAUACGCCAGCACGACUAUUAGAGGACAAAUCAUCCAUGUUCCUGAAGUUGGUCACCAAGUACUCAUCCAGGUCAAGUGGCAUCCCAGAUUCUUGAAUUAGAUGUUGUGCCUCAAAACCUUGCAGUUAUAAAAGCAACAAGAACAUACAACUACUCUAAGAAUACUGCUCUUCUUGUGGUGGCGGCAGCGGCAGCGGCAGCUUCAGCUUCUGGAAAAGAGAUGGGAGACUAAAAGGCAACCACAGGCCAAGAAGAGGAAAACAAUUUGGUUUAAGUGCUGAAGAGAUAAUUAUUAGCCACUUUUAAAGCAGGACUGGAGGAUUCAUGCAUGGUUGGCAUAUGCCUUCAUAGAGAAAAUAAGUGAGGGUUGGGAGAGGUUGGUAAUAAUUAGGUGAAUAGUAAGAAAUGCGGCCCAUUUGUUUCGAGAAUGUGCAAUAAAACUAGGUUCUUGCUUCAUUAGUUUUACUUGUAGAGCAUUAAUUAGAGAGUCAAAUGUGUAUUCCCCUGUUUCAACUGCAGAAAUUAUGUAAGCAAUUCUGCAUGGUUCAAAUUCCAGCCCUUGUUCUUCUUGCAUUCUUACUCUCUCUGCCCUUACUUAAAUCAUGGCCAACCUAUUAAAGUCUUGAAAAUCAUUCUCAUCAAUCAUGGUAAGAAUUCGAUACACA